GAGUCGGAGCAGAAGUGCGCGGAGUGGGCGGACAAGGAGGGCGCCGAUGGGAAGAUGGCUGCGGAAGAGGCAGACUCGGAACGCCAGCGCAUGGCCAGAGAGGAGGAGGAGGAGGAGGAGGAGGAGGCCAAAGCGAGGCGCCAUGCCGAGGAGGAGGAGGAGGAAGAACGUCAGAAGGCGGCAGCGGAGGCGGAGCAGAAGCGCCUGGAGGAGGAAGAGGAGGCACGUCGACUGAAGGCGGCGGAAGAGGCGGAGUUGGAGCGCCGGCGCGUCGCUGAAGAAGAGGCGAGGCGCCAUGCCGAGGAGGAGGCCGAGAGUCGUCGCUUGGAGGAGGAAGAACGUCAGAAGGCGGCAGCGGAGGCGGAGCAGAAGCGCCUGGAGGAGGAAGAGGAGGCCCGUCGACUGAAGGCGGCGGAAGAGGCGGAGUUGGAGCGCCGGCGCGUCGCUGAAGAAGAGGCGAGGCGCCAUGCCGAGGAGGAGGCCGAGAGUCGUCGCUUGGAGGAGGAAGAACGUCAGAAGGCGGCAGCGGAGGCGGAGCAGAAGCGCCUGGAGGAGGAAGAGGAGGCACGUCGACUGAAGGCGGCGGAAGAGGCGGAGUUGGAGCGCCAGCGCGUCGCCGAAGAAGAGGCGCGGCGCCAUGCCGAGGAGGAGGCGGAGAGUCGCCGCUUGGAGGAGGAAGAGGGACGUCAGAAGGCGGCAGCGGAGGCGGAGCAGAAGCGCCUGGAGGAAGAAGAGGAGGCACGUCGACUGAAGGCGGCGGAAGAGGCGGAGUUGGAGCGCCAGCGCGUCGCCGAAGAAGAGGCGCGGCGCCACGCCGAGGAGGAGGAGGCCGAGAGUCGCCGCGUGGAGGAGGAAGAGGGACGUCAGAAGGCGGCAGCGGAGGCGGAGCAGAAGCGCCUGGAGGAGGAAGAGGAGACACGUCGACUGAAGGCGGCGGAAGAGGCGGAGUUGGAGCGCCGGCGCGUCGCUGAAGAAGAGGCGCGGCGCCAUGCCGAGGAAGAGGCCGAGAGUCGCCGCGUGGAGGAGGAAGAGGGACGUCAGAAGGCGGCAGCGGAGGCGGAGCAGAAGCGCCUGGAGGAGGCAGAGGAGGCACGUCGACUGAAGGCGGCGGAAGAGGCGGAGUUGGAGCGCCAGCGCGUCGCCGAAGAAGAUGCCCGGCGCCAUGCUGAAGAGGAGGAGGCCGAGAGUCGCCGCUUGGAGGAGGAAGAACGUCAGAAGGCGGCAGCGGAGGCGGAGCAGAAGCGCCUGGAGGAGGAAGAGGAGGCACGUCGAUUGAAGGCGGCGGAAGAGGCGGAGUUGGAGCGCCAGCGCGUUGCUGAAGAAGAGGCGAUGCGCCAUGCUGAGGAGGAGGCCGAGAGUCGUCGCUUGGAGGAGGAAGAACGUCAGAAGGCGGCAGCGGAGGCGGAGGACCUCAGAAGGCGGCAGCGGAGGCGGAGCAGAAGCGCCUGGAGGAGGCAGAGGAGGCACCUCGACUGA